AUGUUGGCCACCCUGUGGCUGCUUAGCCUUUCUCUCCCCACUCUGUGGGCCCAGAUAUUAAUCAGUUGUGCCUAUAAGAGUCUCUGCCAGCAGGCCCUAGUCUCAGGCAAUGAUGUCGUCCUGCAGUGUGACUAUCCCAAAGCACUCUGGUACUUCUCUUCCAUUCUAGGGGAAGAUCCCUUCCUGCUCUCUUCAAUGCCUCACAUAAAGAAACUGCCUGGGGGCAGCCUUCAACUGACCAACCCUCAGCCCUCCCAGACAGGCCUCUAUCACUGCCAGGACAAUGACAACGCCCUUGUGGUAGAGUAUGAGAUUGAUUUCCAAGAUGCCACCGCCUUGCAUGUUACGCACGAAAGCCUGGGCCAAGAGCCCCUGCAAAAUGAGACCCUGAGACUGGGUGCACUCGUCUUCACCCACUGGGAGCCCUGGCAGGACUGUAACCGCUGUGGGGGGCCUGGUGAGCGGAAACGCCUGGGGUAUUGCUACAUUGGGGAGCCCCAGGAAAAACCCAUGCCCUGUUGGCUCUAUCUGAGAGCGGAGAAGGCACGACACAGCCGUAUGCAGCCCGAAUUGCAGGUGGAAGCCUGUCUUGUACCCUGUGACCACGUUAAGGAAAUCAACCAGCCAUACUUCAUCUUUGACAUAUAUCAGUUGGGCAAGUUGACCAACAACAUGUGGCUUACCUGCCCCUUGACCUCCAUCUACAGGUGA